GCUAUCAGACUGUGGCAACAACGCUAAACCGGAAGAAAUACAACCAGAGAUUCAUCCGCAAUGGGGGGUCCAAAGGAAGUCCAGUUGCAAAAACAAGAAGAAGUCGUCAGCUCUGCGCAGACGAUGGAUGUCGAAAACAGGCACAUUGGCACCGUCAAAACAAACCCCAUAGAGAGCGACAAAAAAUCCAAGCAUGUCGCUGCUGGUUCCAAUCCCAAAGCAAUCGAAACCGAGGGGAACACAACCACCAAAGCUGAGUCCGCCAAUUCUGCAACCCAGCCCGCGCCGGAAAUCGGACAAGGAUGGACCAUGAGCACCGAAUACCACGGGCCACACUCCAAAUCUCCGGGACGGUCCUUUAGCAUCUUUUAUUCUCCCGAGCACAAAUAUGGUUUCGGCUCUCCGGCCGAGGCCAAAAAAUUCUUGGCUGCUCUCGCAAUGAUCGAAGAUGGUGACGAACGACUGGCCUACAAGGCAUACACCGCUCUUGGCCAAAAUACUCGAAAAGAACAAAAGAAGAGCACAUUGGAUGACGUCCCCCUACUACCUAUGUUAUGUACACCGCCAAACUUCGUGCAAAGAUGAUGGCGGAGAACAAAGAUAAACACUACGUUGUUGAUUCCAAAAAGCUCGGUGAGCACUGGAAAAGGCUUUCCACCAAAGAAAAAGAAAAGCUAAAGGUCGAUUAUGACAAGCAGUUAGAAGUCUAUAAAGAGAAAAUGAAACAAUGGCAACUCCGGAAUCCUGGCCUGAACAAGUUGGCCAAGCCAAAGAAAAAACGAAGGAGCUCUGUAGCUAGCGAUUUCAAGGACAAUACUGCCAAGAAACUUUCGCCUUCCUCCGGUCCCUGCAAGAAAGUCAAAACAAUGAAGAAAACAAAUGAGAAAGAUGAGACUGARAUCUGGGCAGUGGAAGGAUUCCGCGACCGACGCAUCAAUAAAAAGACCGGGAACGUAGAAUAUCUAAUCAAGUGGAAGGAUUGCCCCGAAUCGAGCAACACGUGGGAACCAUCCAAAAAUCUGAACGCCGAUGAUGCAGAGGAAUGGUGGCGGCAGGAAAAAGAGCGACAGAGCAACGAGGCCCUGCGAACGAAACGCAUUGAGGAAAGCACGCAGCGAUUAUUAAAGAAUAUCAACGCUUUGCUAUCCUCUUCCGAGGAUGAUGAGAGUAUUGGCGGCGACAUGGAGAGUACACAAUAUGGUACCUCCCGAAAGAGGAGGCGCGCCCAGCACAAAUCAAUUAUAGCUGGUGACUACGAAGCGAUCAGCGAGCAACAAUCGGUUGUUACGAAUACCGACUGCUGCCAAGGGACAGUACCGGUAGCGGGGACUAACGAAAUUAAGAUGGCGACAGGGCCGAAUCCCGUUGAAGACAAAACCUGGAAUUGGGACGAUGCCUCCCAGGUAAAAUUUCGACCUAUUCAAAGGAUUUCGGUCCAUGACAAACGCGCUCGGGAWUUAGUGACAGAGGCGAGGAUCAACGGAACCCCCGUUGUGCUGACUGAUCACGUCGGAUGGGCUAACUUUGCACUGCGCUGGUUGCGUCGCCGGAAGGAUUUGGGUUCCGCACCCCCUGCUACAACUACAACCCAAGAAAAACUUUCUACCGAGGUAGAAUCAACGGGGGAACCAAAAGGGCAUGUAUCACUAAGUGAUGCGGUUCCGGUGAAAAAUGCAUCUAUGGAGUUGGAAAACGAAGAACAUCAACAAGCAAAGAGUGGUAAUGCGAUUAUUGUCUCAUCCGAUGCCGAGGUUAGUGACAAGGGUGCACUUAAUAAACCGGAAGGCAAAGAAACCGAGACCGAUGAGAUGCACAAMAAAAYGAAGAGUGGACAGAACGAAAGGAAUGACUUGAAUGAUGAAGAAUCAAAAGGCGGCGAAGCAGUCAGUGAUGGGAGCAACGGUACAAAUAUUCACAACAAUGUCACACAAGAGAUGAACGGUAACGGAAAUGCGAAAAUUUCUGUCGUCGGCAACAAACCACUCGAUCUGUCGGAAACAACUUGGUAUCUCGAUGUAGAGGCCAUGUCAAAGGACAUUGGCGACGAAGAGGUUCCUGUUGUGAGGAAAAACUACAACGAAAGCAAACCCAUCUCGGGAAACAUUUUGGCUUCGAAAUUUUUCGAAGUGGGAUGGAAUAAUAAGAAAAAAGGGUCUCCACGAAAGAGGCGAAAAUCGAUUCUGUACCUUCACCAGUGGCAAUUUCCGCUUUCGGUAGAGGCCGGUAAAAAAUUAUGUCACCAGAGUGCUCCGCUCCCAAACCAUAUUCUUGGCGAAGACCUACUCAAGUAUUGGCUUGAUAGGGUUAAGCUAGAUUCUCCUCUACAAUAUUUGUUUAUGGGAAAAGCUGACACCAUGUCGAGAAUCCACAGAGACAACGGCGGUCUUGCGAUAUCAAUAGCCCCGAUCAUAGGGGAGAAAGAAUGCAUAUUAGUUCACCGGGACGAUGGCCACGCAUGUCUCUACCAAAAUCUGGCAGGACUGGACCCCAACGAAAUCGAUCUAAAUGCUUACCCUCUACUUCCACAUGCACGGAUAUGGAAGUCCACCAUUGUGCCUGGAGAAAUCCUCCUGAUGCCUCAUGGGACGUACCACCAGUGCCGCAAUGUCACUCCAUGCCUAUCGUACAGCCGCUUUCACCUCGACGGGGUCAAUCUCAGAGCGUUCCUGCACAGCAUGAUGGACGGGGAUGCACCCGAGCUUAACCAGGACGAGGUUAUAUGGAAUGCAACGCGGGAGCUCAUCGACACUGUGGACAAGGCAACGGAUGAGAAGAAAAGCGUCGAUCCAGAGUURUUCAAGGCCGUAGAUGCACUCCGCGCCCUCCGGAACAUAGCCAAGGAAGUYACCCGAAAGCUACAGAUCCGCCGAACGGUCAAGGGUGAGGAUCCAUCGACACCUAUCGUUUCCAGCACCGUUAAGAUCGACGGGGAUGCGGAAGUCUGGCAAUCCCUCGUCGAUGAUGUAGACGUGUGUCUUCACGAGUUUCGUUACCGGUUCAACAAAAAAAUUCCUCCCUUCAAGCGUCGCCGCUCCAUCGGCAAGAAAAUCCUUGCGCUUCCUGCCUUGCCUUUUCGGGGGAAGGCCAAACCCAGCCACGAAGAGCUGUACCAGGGCCAGAAUGAACCAGUGGUGGCAUUCGAGUGUCCAUCAGACCGAAGCUUCUUGUCUCUUCCAGAAGCUCCAUCAAAUGUUACGCCGGCCGAUCGAAAGGCAAUAGCCGAUGGAAUAGGUUCCAUCGUGCCCGGUGAUAAGAUCGAUGUUCGAAUAGAGGGGCGAAAGUGCCCCGCUAUCGUUACAGAGGUUUACCCGAAUGCGCACGCGGCAUAUGUGAGCUUUGAGGAUUUGCCUUCGCUCUACAAUGACUUUUGUUUGUUCGAUCACCUCCGCAUUUCCUCGGUGGGGGGUAGCUGUCUCGUGCCGCCGUUGCCCGAGGACGUCGUGGUUGGAAAGCUGUUUGUUUGUUUGAUAGGGAAAGACGAGUACCGCGGUGUGGUUCAGCGUCUGAAGAAAGGGCCGAUGGUUCGGGUCCAACUAGACUUUGGGAAAGGACACAAGACCGACAAGCUGGUGGAUGUGGACUCAAUCCUGUCGCUGCACAAAAUCAAAAAGUGACUGAUCGAAUCUGGGACUUGAAGCAAUGGAAAGUUUAGAUGAGCC